AUGACUGAUCCUCAUACAUCAAUUGAGGAUAAAGACAAAAAUCAUAAAUCUAAUCACGAUGAACUACCGAACCUACUAGAAUUGAAGUCAGAUGAAAAUGGAAUCCUGGAAAACAACGCAGAACCUAAAGUAAACAAAGGCGACAAUCAAGAGGUAAAAGACACAGAUAAUGUCAACGAUAAUCAUGAUCAUCAGGAAGAUGACGAAGAAUCAGAAGACGAAGAAGAAGAUGAAGAAGAGGAUGAUGAUCCUCCAAUGUUGAAAUAUACAAGACUAAACAAACUCCCGCCGAAUUUCUUUACAAAAGACCCUGUAUCUACUUGUACAUUCCAUGAAUCAGUAUUUAUAUUUGCAACCCACUCAGGUAUUGUUCAUAUAUGCAAACCUAAUUUUGAUUCAAUAAGAACUUUUAAGGCACAUAGAGCAUCUAUUUUAUCUGUGUAUACGGACGGGAUAUAUUUUGCUACUGCAUCAAUGGAUGGUACUGUUGUUAUUGGGUCUAUUUCUGACGAAAAGGAUAUAGUAGCCUAUGAUUUUGCAAGACCAGUACAUGCAGUUGUUCUAGAUCGUAAUUAUUACAAAUCCAGAAGUUUUAUUAGUGGUGGCAUGGGAGGACAGGUUAUAUUUCUCGAGCAAAGGUUGGUUAGGUAA